GCUAUUCUUGCUUUCUUUACUUUCUGAUUCAAUUCUUGUGUGUGCAACAGGUCAAUAUGUCGAAAAUCGCAUCAACCUUUUCUCGCCUCGUGCGAUUCACUCCCAAAUCAAACCCCUCCAGAACCCUCAUCGGAGAACCAGUAGACCCGGAAAUCGACGUCGGACUGGCCCUCUACCAAGGCAAAGAUGUCCGCGUGCACCUCUUCUCGGGCUCAUCUGUGCUGAAUCCAGGCCAAAAGACAUCAGCGACGGAAUCCAUCCAGCGCGUUCUCUCGCCGCUGGCCCAGAACGAAGUCGGUUCAAUCCGGUGCAUUGGGUUAAACUAUGUUUCCCAUGCGGCGGAAAUGAAACUUGACCUCCCUUCUGUCCCAACCCUCUUCUACAAACCCUCCGCGGCUCUCGCAGACCCCUUCCCCGCCCCGACUAUCCUCCCCCGAAUUACCCAGGUCGAUAACACAGGCGACUACGAGUCGGAAAUGGUGAUUGUGAUCGGCCGCGACGCGAAGGAUGUCCGCGAGGAUGAAGCGCUCGACUAUGUCUUGGGGUAUACGGCUGCCAACGAUGUCUCGAGCCGCACGUCGCAGAUGAAUCAGUCGCAAUGGUGUUUUUCCAAGGGAUUUGAUACAGCUUGUCCAAUUGGACCGACGUUGGUUUCCUCCACGCUCAUUCCCGAUGCAAGUAAAUUGCAUAUUCGUGGACUGAAGAAUGGUCGUGUUCUCCAGGACUGCCCGCUAACGGAUCUCAUCUUCUCCGUCCCAAAGCUCGUCAGCUUCCUUUCUCAAGGAACUACGCUUCCGGCCGGAACCAUCGUUCUGACUGGUACUCCGCCUGGCGUUGGCGCUGCAAAGAACCCCAAGGAGUUCUUGACGGCUGGGGAUGAGUUCGCGGUUGAGCUGUUGCCGCACGUUGGAACCCUGAUUACCAAGUUUGAGCAUCAGGGCUAAGGAGGUUGAUGGGGAUAUUUGCCCUAUACACCGGUGUACUCCACGGAUCGGCCCAUCCUGCUAUAUGGCCUUGGCUAUGGUUAUGAGCGGUAGCACUCUCUCAUACCACUGUGCCAGUGAUCAGGAGUCACAAUAUAUACAGUUUGGUUUUGCAUAUAUGCCAAGUGCCUGCCAUUGACUGAUGUAAAUCGUACUUUAGUUAUAUAUAUAUAUCAUUAAGC